UAACGGACUGCAGCUUCCUUCCAGAGGAUCAUGGGAAAGAAUUCCGUUUUUUUUUUAGGCGGAGGGAUUUUCGAAACAUUUCAACAUUAUCUACGGUAUUUCGUGUAAUGCCGCCGCAACAUUAGGUGGCUCAACAGUCCUCUCACGGGGAUUUAGUCGGCGAGGGUUCCCGCUUUCUGUUAAAAUGCUCAGGCUUGGAUUUUAAUGGCAAAUGUGCUGCCCGCCCCGCCGACCACCAACACUAGGCUAGCUAACACGCAACGAUGAAACCGGUCUUCCCAAUCUGAGAUUGCCCUUCCGAGAAGGAGAUGGUGAAAGAUGGAGCUGAAGUUUGAGGUUGUUUUGUCAUCUAGCAUCAAACGGAAGAAACCAUGGCCUCGAUUCUGCUGGCUUGGGCAGGAGAAGGAGUCUGUUUUUCUCUUAGAUGACAAACGGAUCAGUGAGAUCAACAUGGUGUCUGGUCGCACCAAGAAAAGGACGCCUAAACUCCAUCCUUUACUCAGCAGCGUGGUGAAAAUGGCUUCAUCUCACAACGGGAUGUGGCUGUGUGGGCUUCUGGCGUCAGGGGAAUUGUUUUUGUGGAACAGGGAUAAGGAUUUACUGAAGAUUGCUGCAGCAGAGCCAGAAGUAGUUCAGAUGAUCAACUCUGCUCAAGGAAAUUGUCUAAAGUUGUGUCUUCAGGUUUCAUGCAAUGGGACGAGGGUGCUUCUGGCCGCCGUAACUGGGCAGGUGUUCCUGUGGGAGAGCACGGAGGGCAGGGAUUUUCCAGGCCUGCGAGACGGCCCUGUCAAAGGACAGUGGGCUCAUUUACUGCCGCUUGAAGAGACCCUUUUGCCUUCUUCAAAAGACAAAGAAGCAUCCCAACACACCAUCUUCGUAAAGACAGAGGUUCUGGCUGACAUUUGCUUAUCUGCGUUUGUCUUCACCUCUGGGAAGCAGCUUGUUGUCACCAUUCUGAAGAUUCAGUGGAGCCGAGGCAGCGCGAGGAUGGGUUCCGUCGGUUACAACAUAGAGUGGGCUACCAAGACAUACCCGAUGUCUCAUCUGUGCCCACCCUGCCAGCCGGUCAAGUCCAGAGGAGCCUUGGUGCCGGCGUUCUCUCCAGACGGACGCCUGUUGGCCAUCGCACUGAACCAGAGGAAGCCAAAGGACACGCAGGUCCUUUUUGUGAGCACGCACAAUUUUGUCUCGAUAUCAAGUCACCUGGGAGGAUGUGGAAGCAAGAAAAUGGAUAUCCCAUCAAAAUAUGUCAGGUCCUACUGGGUCAGCAGUGUCAGCUGGUCGGCAGAAGGCCUGUUCUUUGCCUGCGUCUUGAAGAGGGGCUCCCUCCUCAUGUUGGCCCGCCUCGGUGGGCUCCUCACCCUGACCAGCUCUGGCUGCAAUGUCGACUUUGGCCCGGCGCACUUCCUGCCGCUGCAUCCGCUGGUCACUUACAGGCCACCGCUGUCUGCGGGGAACGGGGAAGCCUCUCUUUCCAGCUCCAGCUUGUCUGUGCGCGAUCUCCUGAGGCAGCGCUUCUCCGUCACCUGGCAUCCGCGGCUGCUGUACCUCAUCGUGUCCGACGGCUACAUGGCCACCGUCAUGAAGGUGCGGGACAGACAUUCGCUCGCCUUGUUCCUGGAGGCACUUCUAAAAGAAACCGGCAGGGAUCUGGAGAAAGCCAGCGUGAAACUAGAAAAAUCCCAGGUUCAUUUGAAGGCUUGGCUGGACUCCAUGUCCUGGUUUAAUUCAGCCGGCAGCCUUGAAGAGCUCGGUGCCGCCGUUACACGUCGUCCCAAAGCGUCAGAUCCAGCCCAGAUGCCGCUGUUCCUUCAGAACCAGCAGACACUGGGUGGUACCAGGGAGCUCCUUGAGAGCAUGCAGGCUGCCUUCGAGGAGGAGUCCGAUUUAGAAGGACUCCCGGCUGGUCCCCACGUCCAGGAGGGAGGCCGUCUGGAGUUUGCCUCCAUGUUUGACACUCUCCACGCCGCCGACACGUACGGGGAAUCCGCCGUCGACGCACAUCGGAAGCGGAGACAAACCGAAAAGAAGAACCCCCUCUCCCCCGAGCUGGGGAAGAUUCAGAGGAAGCUGCUCGCCGCCUGGGCGCUCGCCAUGUCAGUAGGGGACGCGGCUGAACACAGAGUCCGUCUGCUGAGGCACGCGCUCCGCUGCGUGGUUUGGUUUGCCGCUCUGCUCCGCUCUGCCCCCCGGAGAGAAAAGGACGCCCCUGUUGGCGCCCGCUUGCUCCGCCUCAUAAAAGCUCUCCUGUCCUUCCUUUCUUGGGACAGCGCGUCCUCAGCUGGACGGCGCUGCUUGGGGCCGAUGGUGGAGUUUAGCGAGUGGAUGGCGCGCCUCCUGCUGACCCCUCCGCCCGACGCCCACCUGACUGGGCGCUGCCCCGUGUCGUCUCAGAGCUUAUCCGACGUGACGCGGAUCUUGCAUUUGGUCUCCGCUUCUCUUGAUCGCACGUAUUGCUUAGAGCAGAAAAGCUGUUGGUCCAAUGAGGAGGAGUUUUCAUCUUCUCGGCCUCAUCUCUGGCCGUCGGAUGUCUGCCACGUACCUCUGCUGCAGGACGUGAGCAAGGUGAGGUGCGGCUCGGACCACCGGGCAUCACCUUUUCCUGGGCGGCCUUCCGGCAGGUUGCUGGGCGUUUGGCAGCUAGUGUACGACGUAGCCCAGCGGUACGCAGAGGAACUGAGGAGGUUUAGGAGCUGCGAUGGCUCGGACGAAGAGGAGCAGAAGCUGUCCGUCGUCACGUCCCGGAUCCAGACGGCUCUGCAGGCCACAGGGGGAAACCUGGAAGAGGGCCGUCCGCUGCUAAGCUACCAGGGCGAGCACCUCUUCCUCUGUGGUUUGUACUCGCUAAGUACACAGACGCUGCGAUUACAGAUCUGUCAAGAGGCCAGCAAAGGUGGUGACCGUAGCGUCUUCCAGCAGACGCGCCUUUGUCUGGCGCUCCUGUACAGCCUGCUGUCCCGCUACCGUCUGAGAGAGGCCCAGGAGUUCGGCGACGGCGUGGCUCAACUGAUUCUGCUCAGAGCCGGAAGCCGGACCGACAGCUUGACCGGCGCUUCAGAUCCUCUGCCUUGCCCCUGGCUGCCCGUGGAUCUUCCCGCUGAUGUCGCCCGUGCAGUGGUUCAGGCCCUCGGAAGAUUCAUGGCGUCUUACUUCACCAACCAGCCACUCUUCAUUCCGCCCGCUCACAACGUGGCCGUCCUGCCUCCGCUGCACCUCCCUCACGCCUCCGGCAUCGGCCGAUUGGUGCCCCUGUGCCAAGAAGAAGUGGCCAAAGCGGUGCGACAGCAGCACCUUUCGGAGGUGUGGACGGUGGACUACGCCCAGGACCUGCUGCUGGUGGGGGGUGUCCUGCCCGAGGCUGUGUGGCUGGCGUCUCACCUGGGCGACUGGAAGACCGCCGUGACCCUUAGCCUGGCCUACACCACUUACUGCGCGAAGCAUUUCGACUUCACUCAGCUCAGGAGGAGAGAUUUUCUCCUGCCGACGGAGUUCCAGCCAGAAAGCAUCUUUCAGGCGGAGCUGAGGGGGCUUCUCGGCAGCAAAACCGAUUCACGACAGUGGAGCGAUAAAGACGGGGCCGACUGCUUCACAGAUCCUUUGGAGGGAGAGGAUUGGGAGUUGUUACGGGCUUCUGUGCACGACAUUCUGAAGGCGUCGGCCAUGGCAGGAGUCGAUGUCAUGUCGUUCCCUUUGUCAGCCCUGCUGGAAAAAGCCAAAGACGCGUGCUCUCUGCUGCCCACGUUGGUACCCGCUGAAGUCUAUCUACCCUCGCCUCCUCUUUAUUGCCCACAGCCUUCUCCAAACACACAGGAUCCGAUGGGUGAAACAGAGCAGUUUGCUGAAGUUAUCUGUCGGCACAAAGUUUCCGGGGUUCUCCAAAGGUUGCUCCUACUUCUGAGAUCUGCUCAUUGUUGCCGUCCUGCUGCACAAUGGUACGUCGGUCGUCUGCGGCGUGCCAGACACAUCCUACACAAGAUCAAGAAGAAGUAUUCCUAUCCGUCAGCUGCGGAGGAGGAAGAGACUUUCCCCGAGGGACUGAUGAAGUUGAUCAGCCGUUCCGGAUACUUUAGGCGGGACUCUAAUAAAGAGCAGGACCCUGACACCAUCCAAACCAUCAUUUGUUUCAGAGAGCUCUGUGCUUUGUGCUGGAUGCUUCAUGUCAGAGAUCAGCUCUCCCUUCACUGUAGGAAGUACCAGGCUGGCCGGCAACGUUACACAGAGGAAGCGAUCCCUGAUGACUCGCAUGUGAAUUCAACCAACGCCGACGCUCUUCGCUGGGCUUGUCGUCUUCUGCCUUUCGCUCACUUCCUCGGUGGUGAGGAGGUCCUUCAGGACUUAAUUCUCAGCCUUCUGCCUGAACUGCCUCCCGUGUCCUUGGCGGCGGACACGCUGGUCCGAGCCUUUCCGCAGGAGGAAGAGUCGGUGAGAGUGUCUUUAAGAGAGAAGUACAACUUACUGCUGCAGAGACUGGGCCAAUGCUGCCUUCUCGGAGAAGGAGGAGAAGACGGCAACGAGCCGAUGACGACUUUUAUUCAAGACAGGAAAAGACACAGGAGGAAACAUCUGGCGCGACUGCGGAGGCAUCUGGCCCCGCCUGAGCUUCAUCUGUGGCAGAAAGCAGACGAAGAUGAGGGCGGAGGGGGGGCAAAUGACACACUCUCUCUGGGGACAACCGUGAGCUCCGGCACUUUGACCGACGGGGCUUUCCAGCCAGUGCGCAGCGACGCGGACACACCUGAGGCCGUUUCCCCUAAACAGGCCCGUGCAGCCAUGAGCAGGAGCAAGAAAGCACGCAAAGGUGACAAAAAGGCGGCCUCUGGGAUGGAGAACGCCCGCACAAGCGGAGAGAGGGAGAAGGAGCGGCGGUCUCUGCCGGCGGUCGGCUCCUGGGAGUUUGAGCUGGAAGACGAGGAGUAUCUGAGCUUCCUGGAGCUCUUCCUCAGCUACGUCCUGGAGAAGGACGCCGUGGACAGCAUGGAUUGUGGCGAGGAGCUGCCCCUGCUGAAAGGCUUCUGCUCUCAGCUGAGGGAGAAGGAGUUGCACUCGCUCACGUUCGACGUAGUCUCCACAAUACACCGUCGUCAAAGAGGAGGGCUCCCUCUGGAGAGGAAGCAGUCGGCGAAGCCCCGCUCGGCUUUCAGGGCCGGCUGCAGCUACAGAGCCGUAGCUUCGUCUCUUUGGAGCGAAGAUCCCGUCGUCGGGCCUGACACCAGCUCCCAUCCAGGGCGGGGAGCCGAGACGCAGAAAGGUUUGCUCGGCCGCCGGCGACCGAGCGACGUCUCCUCGGCGGGAGGAAAGGAAGCCGACGUUGGUUCUGAAAGCAGCUUUUUCCAGAAUGCUUUCACUGCCAGGCGUCCCUCGGAGAGCCCUCUACCUGGCUUCUCGUCGUCCGUUGAAGCGCCGACUGACCUGCAGGAGGGCCUGGAUCCCGAGUUGGAGGCCCGCUUCCCAGAGCUGGGCAGGCUGCUGGAGUGGAUGGUGCGCUGGGCCGACAGGAGGAUGCUGUUAGGGCACCGCGGUAAAAAGAGGGAAGACGUAGCAGGCCAACCGGAUGAAGGAGUGGUGAUUCGCGUGAAGGCCACGGCACCGGCUAUCCUUACCUCUUUAGGCAUGUUGGAGAACAGGUACGCCGCUCAGCCCCAAGCCGACCGCUCCACUUCCUUCAAACGCAUUCCUGAAAGGCAAUGGACUGUCGCCCCUGCGCUGCCGUCGGAUGCGGAGAGAAGGACGGAGAGAGAGAGCAGCGUGGACACCGGCUACCCCGCAUCCGUCAACACGCCCAUCGCCGGCCUGGAACAUGAUGCGCCACAAGGAGAAACCUCUCCCGGUUCAAUCACAGAAGAACGAGAGGAGCUGACGUUCCCUCCUCCAGCCAGUCCGGUUCAGCUCCGCGUCGAUUCUCAGCAGAGACGGCCAGCUUCCCCACAGCAGACCUUUAAUGACUUGGACGUGACCCCUGAAAAAGAAGACAGGAGCCGGGACUGUGAGGGCGUCGAUGUGUUCCCCUCUGAGUCCAGCGCCGGCACCUCCAGAGAUGUCUGCACGCCAGAAACGAGUUUAAAGCUUGAAGACCUCGAGUACUCUGAAAAAGAUUGUGUUUCCAGCGCCUCGUCCCAUUAUCCUGUUAACCCAGCACCUCCAACUAUCCAACCUAAACCCCCUCCUCAUGCAGAAUCUUCUGACUCGCGUAGCGUGCCGCUCCCCGACCCGGCUGCUGAUCGACCCCGUCUCCAGCCACCGAUCUCCUCCUCUGGUGCGGCCCCCGCUGAUUCUACAGCUGCUACUCUGCCUCUGCUAACGUCGCCGACGAGACAGCGUCUGGGUGACGACUUAUUCAGACUAGUUCAGCACAUCAACUACAUGAGUCUGAGCGAGGUUUUAGGAGCGAGGUUUUCCAGCCUCCAGCUGGCCCAGCAGAGCUCCUCUUUCGCCGCCCCUACGACCAACUCCUCGCAGCCAAAUAUGCAUUUACCCUCUGCGCCUGGAAUAAUCCCCGAGCCAAAUGCUUUUCCAGUUCAAACUACUGCCACUGCUGUGCCUCAGACUCAGGCUCGCGUUCCAAAAUCUGAAUCCGGUGACCCAGAGGUGAGUCGGAUUGAGUCGCGUCACGUUGCAGCGCAGCCUGUAACUCAGGGAGCCGGAGUCAGUCUCCACCACUGCAGCCAAAGUCAGCUCGCCAGUGCCGGUAGUGAGACAAAGCCGCUCUCCGUCCAAACAGAGUCCCCGGAUGUUCACCAGCGGCAAAAGAGGAGCCUGAUCCCGUCUUCGCAUGGUCUCCUGGCCGCUACGGAUGACGGUCGCGCUGUUCAACGCCCGCCCUCUGACGGCGGUGCACAGACCGGCUCUGCUGCACAGAUGCUGGAUGUGAAGUUACUUAAACUCCAUCUUCCCUGUGCUGAGUCACAGCAUGCCGCCGCCCCACGCUACGCUGCGCAACGCGCACGGACCCUUCACACGGCAAACUUUGAACCUCCUGAGUCCAGUCAGCCCGAGGUUCCACACCAUGACCGAGCCACGUGGAGGAAGAAAGAUGAGCGGCAAAGAAACGGGUUUCCUGUUCAAAUUAGGAAUCUCCUUUAUAAUCCUGCGUAUGACCCGCUGGCCGUCGCUCAAGCGGUCCCUCUGCUUCCGCCAGUGCAUGGCCUUCGCCUGCUGCGGUUGCAGGACGACGCGCGAAGCACCGUUACUUUCCCAAAACUAACAACGGCAUCCACACCGAGACCUGCGGCUAUUUCAGAAGCGCCCAUAAUUAGGCUUUUACGCAUCGAGUCUGGACCCAAAAUGGUGGUACACCAGGAAAUUCGUUCGAGCUCAGUGAGUCGUCUUACGGAGGACUCGAUGAGUGCGGAUGCCUCGAGGCAGGAUGCUGAUGUUGCUCAGCUGCAGUUGAAUAGAGGAGAUCAGUCUGCUAAAAGCAUUAUAAAGCCAACCAGCUCCAGUUCAAGUAAAAGGCAGAAACGGAGGGAAGAGAAGGCACAGGGAAGGAAAACACAAGUCUCAUUCCGUCCCAAUGAGUCAAUCAUCCCAACAAAAGAGGCUGCACACGUACCUGAAAGUGAAGAGGCAACAGUUGCUGAAGAGAUCAAACCUGCUCAGGAUAUAACAGGAACCUCAGAACAUUUGCUGAGCGGUGAAAGAUUAUUGGACAAAGUCUUCUCCACUUCGGCCGAGCUCCACGCCUUCGCUUCCACGAGUAAACGUCCCCCAGAGCGUCAUGAUGCUUUCACCAACACAGAGCCAGCUCAUACCGCCACGCUUGAGAACACAUCUGUUUCUGUCCAGGCCUCUGUAAUGACGAGCAGCCCCACAGUGCAACCAAGUGCAAGUCAAGAGAAUUUCCCAGAAGACCCGGUUCGAGGCGCCGUGGAGAACCAGCAGGAACCACAGACGUUCCUGGAUCCCGCUGGCCGUCAGUUCUUAAGCGUCUUAGAUCUGGAAGACGUGAGGCAGGAUGAAGGUUUAGAGCCACGUCGGAGCUCAGAACCGCGAGAUGUUCCGUCUUCAGUGACCUCUGCCCAGCUACACGUUCUUGCCACUUCUGUCAUCUGCUCAGCGGCCGCGGCUGAGUCCCAAUCCUCAGUUCCCGGGCCGCAGGAUCUGUUGAAACCCAGAGCUGCCGCAGACUUCCCUGAGGCGCAUCCCUCAUUCAGUCACUCCGAGCCGAGUAGCGUUGCAGAGAGGAUCGGCCUCCAAGAGGACGCCUCUGUAGAUUCAUCUGGAUCUGAGGUCUGCCGAGCCAUAAAGGCCCAGGCGCGGGCCCCCAGCAGAGCCCCCGCCUCGCCGUCCGCCGGCUGGUUCUCCUCGCGCCUGUCGGAGCUCGACUCUCAGCUGGCCGCUUUGCAGAGCAUCGCGGAUCACCUCGAGACGGACUUUUCAAAUUCAAGAAUGCUGGUAAACACAAUUGAAAAGCUCUCCUCAGAUGGGGAGUCUGACGCCAAGGCCGCCACAGGAGUAAAACUAAAUGUCCGACGCUCUGCUCCGCUCAAAGCAUGGACAUCGAGACCCGAUCCAGACCUCCUGCCUGCAUUGAAGGAGUGCGACGAGAACAAGGAGGAACAGGAGGAGCGACAUGUGCUUCACGACGACUCCGGCAUCCCGGCAACUCGCCGUCGUUCAGCCUCUUCUGUCGGUCGGACUGGCGGUCCUUCCCAUCUUCACAUCGGUCCAGGAAUAAAAGAGCACUUCACUGAGACCUAUGACAUAUCUCAUGAAUGGGCAGAUACCAGUCUGGGUCAGGCCGAGUUAUUCGACACUAUGGAAAUCUUAGACGACUUGGUAAAGGAAGGAUACCUGUCUCCCUCUGACUGGGAUCUGGAUUCCUCUCAGACUGCACGCCAAAGCAGGAGGCAGGACCAGCAGCAGCGCGGCUGGACAUUACAGAAAGGGACGCUUCCUGAGGCGGAGAGGAAGGACGUGAGGAUUUGGAUGAGACGGAAACAAAGGGAAAGGCUGGCCGCUUAUCAGAAACACAGACAGGGCCUGAGGGAGAGGGAGCAUAAGCCGUUCUCUGCCUCUUCAACAGGGCGAUCUCCAAACAGAAGACAAGCCAGCAGUGGGAGGAACAGAGAGGAAAAAGAAAAGUUCCUGCUUCUGAAGCAGUACUAUCAGAGAACAGAAGAGGCUUUUUCUUUGGCCAGUGACGCCCUCGCUUCUCCUGGAACCGCACCCAGUUCUUCUCAGCCCUGCGGUCCUCCGGGUCUCCCCGGCACCUGGUCGACGUCGGAUCCGGCCGCGCCUCCUGGCAUCCCUCGCAGGGCUGUCAACGUUUCAGCUAACGAUAAAAAAAGUCUUAGGUCUCAGUCAGGAAGUUCCCCUCCUCGCCUACGUUAUUCUGUGGAGGGCAGACCUUCAGAGGACCUCCGCAGAAGACUGGGACUUCAUCGACCAGUAACCUUUUUGCCAGGGGACCGACUGUCUCAGGUGACAAGGCGCGGUAUGCUCAGCAACACCAAGUGCCAACCCAAGCUUCAUGCAGCUAACCAGAGUCGGGCCCAGCAUGUUGGAUUCCAAACAAAAACUGGGUUCAACAGCAGUUUUUCCAGUGGAGCUGCUUUACAAAGAGGGAACCUGAGGGAACAGAGACAAGUGAAGCAGCCUGAAGCGGUGAAGCUUUUAGACUCUACCAGACUGGAGGACGAGGAGGAUUUUCCCUUGGUUUUGGCCAGGACUUUAGAUGGGCAGGACGGUGCUGUCACAGGUGGAGCUUCAGAGAUGGACUGGCUGGAUCGUCUCUCUGACAGCCCAGGCAGCAGCCUAAGCAGAAUAGAUUGGGCUGCCAUUGAAAGGCUGGUGGCUGCAGAAGAAGAUUAAUGUUAAGAAAAAAAAAAAUCUGUACUGUUAUACAAGUAGGGAAGUAUAAUAUUGUAGAUUUAAAAAACAUAUUUUUCUAGUCAGGAGUUAUAUAGCAAUGUUCUUAUUUAUAUUUGUAAAAUAUCCUUAUAUUUAUGUAAUUGUGCCUCCUUUACUGUUUUAAAAAGGUUUUGAAGGGCUUUUUGUAUUUUUUUUUCUUUUUAAACUUAUGAUUUAAUUAAAAUACUUUAAAUAAUAAACCGUUUUCAC